UCAAUCUCUCCCCCGCCCUCCCUCUUUUUUUUUUUGGAACAUGACGCCAAUGGUGGAGUGACAAGGCAGUACCUGAAAAAAAUACUCCACAGCAACAGACCAGAGGCCUAGACUCGAAGCUUUGUGGGACGACCCUCGAGCUCUUCCAAAGAUCAAGAUGGACGUGGAAGCGUAUUGUGCCUUUUGCUUUGACGUGCUUGCCUGGAAGCUCGAGCAAGCUGGUCAACCCACGCCGCCGAGCAGUACGGCGGGACAAUCAUGCCCUCUUUUUGUGACGUGGAAAAAGUGGAGCUCCAAGCAUCAAGAAUAUGAUCUUCGGGGCUGUAUCGGCACGUUUGCCGCGCAACCGCUGGCAGAAGGGCUCCAGACUUUUACCUGUUCCAGCGCAUUUCGGGACAGUCGCUUCCCACCCAUUCGCGCCGACGAGCUUCCUGCACUACAGUGUGGUGUCUCCCUCCUCACCAACUUUACCCCCGGUGCCGACUAUCUCGAUUGGGAGGUGGGCCGUCACGGCAUUUGGAUCGAGUUUCCCUUGGGUCGUGACACAACGACGGCCACCUACCUGCCCGAGGUAGCUGCUGAACAAGGCUGGACCAAGGAGGAGGCCAUUCAGUCGCUUCUACGCAAGGGGGGACACCGUGGGCCAAUCACACCAGAACUGCUGCAAGCCAUCAAGCUCACGCGCUACGAGUCCCAAAAGGCCUCGUUGAACUACGAUGACUGGAAACGCCGACGUGCAACCCCAUAACUGCGCACAAGCAACCACUGUCCGUCCCACCCAUCACCACCGCCUUUUUGGCUGCCAGCCCAUCCAAUCUGAACUGUUCUGUAUAAAAUAACUGAAGUGCCGUGCCCUU